GGAGCUGCGGCGAGGUGGGGGAGGGUCACGUGUGUACACAGUGCGGGGCUCCGCGGCUCCGGCAGCAGUAGUAAAGUCUGCGACGGACGGCCCCCUUCUGCAGAACAAGCCUCCUCGUCCCGGAAAGUUGAAAGAUGAAGUGAAGCGAAACGCAGCGACUGAGACAGAAUGCCCGUGGAAACGCUUCAUCCGGACCCGAUGCCUCCGUAGGUUUGUCCCCGAGCCAAGUCCGUGCGUAUCUGUCGACCUGUUGAGAGAGCGUGACCGGUGUCAGAGCCCAGCGAUGUGGAUCUGCAUGGUUUACAAUGCGACGGACGCCAGCGUGGACCUCCGGCUCUGCCAGGACUUUGGCCUCAUCCUGUCAGUCUUCUCCCUCAUCUACCUCCUGGUGUGCUUCCCGCUGGGCCUGUGCUACAACGUGCUGCUGGUCGUGGUCAACCUCUCCAACAAGGUGUCCAUGACCAUGCCGGACGUCUACUUCGUCAACAUGGCCAUCGCGGGCAUCGUGCUCAACCUGGUGGCGCCCGUGGAGCUGCUGAGCUCCACCUUCACCCGCUGGCACGCGUGGGAGUACAACAACGAGGUCUACAUCACCCUGCUCAUCCUCUUCAACAUCUCGUCGCUGGUCAUCAUGUACUCCACCACGCUGCUCAGUCUGGACUACUACAUAGAGCGGGCGCUGCCGCGCACGUACAUGUCCAGCGUGUACAACACCAAACAUGUGUGCGGGUUCAUCUGGGGCGGCGCGGUGCUCACCAGCUUCUCCUCGCUGCUCUUCUACGUGUGCAACCACAUCUCCACCAAGAUGGUGGAGUGCUCGAAAAUGCAGAACAAGGAGGCGGCCGACGCCAUCAUGAUGUUCAUCGGCUACGUGGUCCCAGCCGUGGCCGUCCUUUACGCCUUUGUGCUCAUCCUGCGCAUCCGAAAGGAGUCCACGCCUCUGGAUCAGGACUCCGCUCGGUUGGACCCAUCCAUCCACAGGCUGCUGCUGGCCUCGGUCUGUGUGCAGUUCGUACUGUGGACCCCGUACUACAUGACCCUGUUGGUGCACACUGUGGCUGGGGCGCCGGGCUACGUUAGCAGCGCAUAUUACCUACCUACCUAUUACUUCUUGAGGUUCGUGUCCAAGCUGCUGGCGUUCUCCAGCAGUUUCGCCAUGCCGCUCAUGUACAGGCAGAUGAACAAAAACUUCUCCAACAAGCUCCGGCGGCUGCUCAGGAGGCUGCGCUGCGGAGACCAGUCGUGCCCUCACGAACACUCGACAGUGCAGCGGGUGGUGACGUGAGACCGGCGACGCCCCCUCCCACUCCCCCGUUCCCUCCUCAUGGCCGAGCCGGCACUUACUCCACCCGCCCCUCCACCCUCUGCAGAGCCACUAUCUCGCCGGGCUCCCUCGCUGCUCUGGACUGUGUUAGGAGCCGCCUGUGGAAUUCCCUGUCACCAUCCAAAAACUUGAUCUGAUCUACCGGAGCAAAAAAACCACUAAGUGCUGUUAUUUCCCAUCACAGAGUAGAGCUCUCCACUAAGAUACCUGGGCUUCUACUUUCAGGGCAGUAAAUUUGAGCGCCAUCAGCCAAUAACACUGACAAACUAUCCUGUUUGCGAGGGACUUCCAAUCACUACGCCUUUGCGCCGGAUGUUUUUCUGCGUUCAGUGGUUUGGUGCUGACAAGUGUGCGAGUGCAUGACUGCCUGAAUUUCACUGUAAAGUCUCAAAUAUGCUAUCAGAUGUGAUUUUUAUUUUUUUUUUAAUCUUAGCCUUUUCCCUCCAGCACUAUCCCCACACACACAAACACACACACACAGAACCAGCCAGCUAUAAACUUUAAUCAUCAAGAGAUUGCCAAGCUAUUUAGUUUCUAAAGAGAAAACUCCUGCGUUGAUGGAUGGUGGCGCGUGAAUCAGCGACCCACCACAGCUAAUGAACUCACAUUGUGUGUGUGUGUGUGUGUGUGUGUGUGUGUGUGUGUGUGUGUGUGUGUGUGUGUGUGUGUGUGUGUGCGUGUGCGUGUGAACAUUUCAAAGCGCAACACUCGGCGCCGCCGGUGAACAGCACUGUCUGCUACCCUGGAGCUAGAGGCCCUCGAUCACUGAAAUGAGAGGACAGCUCUGCCUUUGCAGAGCAGAAUUGUCCUUUCACUUAAACGUGCGGAGAGGGAUUUCGGCGUAACAUUUUUUUUUUUGCAUUUCAAAGGUGUACAAGUACAACAAUACUGGAUUAUUGUAGCUUCAUUUUUUUCUUUAUUGACACCAGCGCUACCCUGUAGCUAUCAGUAGGUGCUGGUCUGAAGAGACGUUGUAGAUUUGAGAGUUUUGAGGCAGGAAGAGAUUAUUCUUGCAAAUGUCAAGCUCCACAACAAGUAGGAGAAGAUAAAUAGUACACACACACACACACACACACACCACCACCACCACCGUCACCACGAAGUCACACAGAUCUACACGGAAAUGCUUAUGUGAAGCUCGCAUUCAGGGUUCAGACGUAACCGGUAUACCUCUCGUGAUCUCUGCUGAAAUCACACCACCUGUUUGAACCACACGCACUUCAAAACCGCCUCGCACGGCCUCGGCUCACUUGGCGAUUCGCUGAGUGCGUGUUUUGGCUCCGCGCGAGUCAUGCAUGUUGCGAGUGUCACGCGGGGUCAGUGGGGACCCCGAGGAGGCGGAAUGUGCAUUCCCUGAAUGCCGCGCACUCUUAACGAUUGGUUGGGAUGUUUUGGGAAAUAUGCAGCCGGACUGGGUCACCAUCCAAUAAAACUAAAGUGUGAAAGACUCGCCUGCCAAGCACCUGCAAACAGCGCGUUUGACGCGGGGGGAGAGUUUGAACUGUAAUGCUGCUCAGCUGCGUCGAUGCAAGGUGCAGGUUAUUGGCCACGCUACUUGGCCUCUAAGUGAAAGGACAACACUUAAUAGAGAUUAACCCCCAGUUAUGUUUCUUGCCUGAGGUCUGUGCAUCACUGCAUCAAUCUGGUUGUAUUUUCAAUUUGUUUUUCAGAAUGAAGAGGGGCCAGUUUAUCAAUCAUCCUGUGAACAGACACACCAGCCAGGUGUUACCGUUACUGUAACUCCCACUCACAGACAACGACAAACGGUAAAUAACUUUGAAAUUGACGUCUUCGGGUAAACAACUGUGCUUGGCUUUGGCUGUAGAAAUGUCAAGGUUUGGACAGUGAUUUAAUGCUCGUCAUACAUAUAUGAAGUUAUCAUUAAGAUUAUACUGUAUAAGCACAUGCACACAUACUAUUUAUUUUUUUCAAACAUCCCACAUGCCAGGAAUAUUUUGUCUCUAGGAUUCUGCUACAGUCCCAUUAAUUUAUUUUCUGCUCCAUAGCCCCGACAACAUUUACGUGUAUUCAUAAUCAGUCAGCAGGAAGUGUUUGUUUUCCACUGAAGCUGUGUUUACAUUUUGCGCUACAGUAUCUAUUGCCCCAUUUAAAAGAAAAAAAUCUAGUAUUGUGACACAGUUAAUCAUUAUUUGAACUCAGUUCAAAGUCCAAAUGCUUACUGUUCAUUGAAGGUUGGGAGUCAAACAGUAGGACACGUGUAACGGUCCAUAUUCAAGCAUCACUCCUUCAGUUGGUCUAUUAUUUAACCAAUAGGUCCAAAUGUAACACUUGAAUUAUAGCGAACAGAAUGUUUCCUAUUUAAUCAUUAUUUGACACGAGCAUGUUUUCCAUUGGUAUUUUUAUGGCGGAAACACGGAUAAAAAAACUCAGUCUUACUGUAAUGUCACGAAAACACGUCACACUGGAGACUUUCAAAAAAAGGUGUCAUUUUGAUGAAGAAGAGGUUUAAUAGGUUUCGGGAGUUUCAGUCUGAGUCAAACGACAGACAGUGAGUGACAAUCGUGGUGAUUUUUGGAGAAAAGCUGAAUUUAAAGUUAGGACCAUUUAACUGCACCGUGUCGCUGCAGCGCCACCUUUAGGGAAAUUUGGACACAAUGACACCAAACCCUUAAGAAUGAACGCAGGUAUGUCAAGAUAGCCUGGCUUUCAACUUCCGAUUCUAACCAGUUUUUUAAUGUAUGCUCUAACUUUUCACCAAAUUCCACUAAAAGCCACCACACCGUUUUUUGAAAUAUCUCGCAAAGUGACCUCAGAUAAAUACCUCGUGGUUGAGGUAAUAAUUAGCAGCCACCGCAAAAUUGACUGACUGCACGAUAUUCACAACGGGCAAACGGAGCUUGAUCAGAGAGGGUUUCAAAUCACACCCAACUCUGACGAGAGCUCUGUCUGCCUGCGUGUCUUGUCUGGGUUUGGUUUGUUGUUUCAGAGGGGCCGUGCUCUCCACAUCAUUGCAAGGAAAUUGGAGUGAUAAUCACAGAGUUGAGUCCGAUUGCCGAAACAGGCCCGAGUGUGAAAACACCCCUUCAAAGUUCUCGAGUUUUCGAAUGUAUGCCGGAGAAUUCUGGCUGUUUGAACGGCAGAACACCUCAAGGGUCCGGAUGAGUCCACUUUCUGAUGUGGCACUUUUGUGACUGCGUAUGCGAGUGUAAAUGUAAUGUGUAUAUAUUGUACAGGGGGGCACCAUGCUCCUUUCAAAAGAAAAACAACACCACAGUAUUUUUUUUUUCUGAGAGAUAUAUAUAUCUAGAUUCUGUAAGUGAUCUAUUCAACUGUGUCAAAGACUGAUUAAAACAAUAAACCAAA